AUGUCGCUAUAUGAUCUACCAGCAGUAAAACAUGAGAAGAGUUUGCCAGACGAUGAGCUUAUUAAGGUUCUUUUCGUCAACCCAAACUCGACCCAAGCAAUGACAGAUGGGUGUUUGAAGAUGAUUGCAGGACACGUUGCACCGGAUACCGUUGUAUAUGGCUAUACGGCUCCAAUGGGGAAGGCUCCUAACGUUAUUGAAGGCCAUCUGGACGGUAUUCAGUCGGCAAUUGCUGUUAUGGAAGACGCAUACGAAAUCAUAAAGCAAGUGGAUUGUGUAUUAGUCGGGUGUUUCAGCGACCAUCCAUUGAUUAAGGCAGUUAGAGAAGAGUUCGAUGAUGUUUUAUGUAUGGGUAUUGUAGAAGCUGCUGUUUAUUCUUCCAGGAUCAUUGGCUCUAAGUUUGGGGUGCUGGCAUCGAUAUACAAAUCCCAAUUGAGAGAUGAGGAGACCAUAGCGGGGCUUGGGAUGUCUGAAUUCUGUGUCGGGCUUCUCAGCUCUGGCAUCAAGACGGUGUCUGAUUUGGUGAAGGUGGAGGAGUCGGAGCUUCACAGGAUGAUGUCCGAAACCGCAUUGACGCUUGUUGAAAAAUACCACGCCGACACAAUUGUAUUGGGUUGUGCUGGUAUGAGUGACCUCAAAGCAGCAGUUUCCGAUUCAUUGCAGAAACACGGGCAUGAUGUCCCAAUCGUCGAUGGCACUGUAUGUGGCAUUAAUAUUAUUUCGGCUGUUUACAGAAGCGGACUUCAUUCAACGUCUAAAUCAGGUGCCUACUCUAGUGCUCGUGAGGCACGUAAGCUAAGAGGCGACGUAGUGGGUAUUAAGAGGUGA